GCUGUAAUUCCUCUAAGCAGGUUGUGAUGAACCCUCCUUCAUCUCACUCUGCCGUGGACGAGUCAUGCUGUUGCAGGCUAUUUAAGGCAAUGGGUAAGUUUUGUGGAUGUUAUCCUUCGUCUGGCAUUAAUGACACCAAUCCAACUGAACAAAUAGUUCUGCUUAAAAGUUUCAUUCAAGACAAGCUACGAGCAAUCAAGACCCCAUCAGAGGCCUCAAUAAUGGGCAUUCAGCUCGGGACUGUGUCAUCUGGCAUAGACAUUGGUGGUCAGAUAGUGGAUACAAUUUCAAAGCAAGCGGAAAAAUUGAAGAAGGAGGUAAUGUAUAAAUGUUAAAAUUUCAUAGUAAAUGAAAAACUGACCCAUAGGAAAUA